AUGCCAAGAAAAUUUCUGGGCGAUAGAAUUGAAAGGAAUAUCGACGCGAUCAGACCAUCAUCAUUAACUUUAACACCUGAGGACUUGAAAUAUAUUCCACCAAUACCGCAAUAUUUUGAAGAUGAGGAUAAUAAGGUGUUAAGUAGCGGUAAAGGUGAAAAAAGACUGUCUAAAAGAUUUGGCGGUACGUUAAUACUAAGGAAACGGCUAGAAUCUGUUCCAGAAUUGUUUUUGCAUGAUUUUAAGAAGAAGCCACGCUCCAAAUUCGACGUGACUAAGGAGAAAAAGUUCAAGGGUAUACGACCUUCCAAAGAAGCAUUUGGUUCUCACGGUAGUACUCCAUAUCUACAAGAAAGAAAGAAGGUGGCUCCACUACCAAUUCAAAGAAAAUGUUUGCGUGGGCCAAUAAUGUCAAAGCACACAUUAGUGCAACCCGUAAAGGAAAGGGAACAUCCAGAUCACAUUAUUGAGAGGGUGUUUGUUUCCCGACCAGCCCCGGUUUUGAUGCCUGUACAAACCCUCACUCCAGUCAAUCCGAUCUCAGUGAUGCAAGAUGAGACGAAAGAUUUUCAUGGGAGAAACAAAUAUGGUAAAAGUGAUAGUGAAAUACUCUUUGACGAAAUACUAUCCGCCUAUGAAAGUGUCUCUACGAACAACUCUACUGCGCUAAACUCGGAAAUUGACAGAAUUAUUGAUAUAUGUGCUUCAAAACAGAUAACUGAAAAAAAUGAAGCAUUCCAAAUUCCACAAAUUAUCUGUCCUGAUGAUACGGAGACUUUGUUUUCAGCGACACCGAAAUUCAAGCAUAACAAUUUUAACGCAUUGAAUGAUACCAUUUCUAGCCCAGAAUACACCACAUCUGGAGGAAGUACGUACUCUGAACAGUGGAGUUCAGAAGAUGAGUCAUCUGAACUGGAGAUUACCGAAUGGAGCGCCAAAAAAUUUGGAAUGAGGUCAUCUAUUGUGUCUGAUAGCACCAAUGAGGAAGGCUAUUGUACCGCAGCAGAAACUUUGCCCUCGACUAUAUCGGUAGAAGACCUGGAUAUACAUAACGAGCUCCCAAAAACUAAUUUAACGUCAUCGAACAGUAUAUUAUUGAACAAGUUUUCUAUGAGAAAAAUAAAAAAAGUAACUCUUGAUCCACCAAAAAUUAUGCAUAUUGUGAGUUCCGACGAAGAAAUUAAUGGCGAUGAUGAUAAUGAGGAGGAUACGACUUUGCGUGUUUUGCAAGAAAAAAUUGACUGCAUUGAGAUUGCAAGUUGCAGCAGUAGCAUAUACAGUCGAUAA